AAUCAUUCGCGGCGUUAUCAGAUCUGUUGUGUCGGGCUGGAUCCAUUCAUUGACAACCCAACAUGGACCCUAGGGCACGGCCAGGUGGAGCUACUGGCGAGCAAAUAGCAUUACGCCCCAUAAGAGACCGGGAGGUUGCGAGUACGAGCAGGGACAGGCCCAAGCUGCAGGCGGUGCAUACUUUCUCCACGGAAACCAGCGGCAUCGGGACCAGCGUGGUCUCUUCCUUCGAUCGCAGUUUCGAUUUGGAGCACAACCAGGACGUUGACGGAAUGGAUGAUCCGCACAAGCGCAUGGCAAUUAAUUACGAUGCAGAUGGCUCCAGAUAUGCUGCCUAUGCUGAUUCCGGGCCGCACAGCAACACGGGACGUGGAUUCGAUCGAAUGUAUCAGCAGAGUGCUUCGCGUAGUCAGAAUGGAGAUGGUCCUUCCAAACUGAAUGUCAGUAAUGGUAAAGGAGAACCGAUGGAGUAUCAAGAAUGGGAUAGAAAGCGGAGGAAUAGUAAGUCGCCGAAUCCCUCGCCGAACACAUCGCGGCGGGGGUCGUUUCGGGGGGAUAAGAAAGAGAAGCAUUUCCUAGGGGCCCCGGGCUCGGCCUGGGUAAACUGGUCAAAGGAUCGCCGUAACUCCUUUCGUAGGCGGGUGGAGAUGAUCGAGCAGAAGGAGAAAGAAGCUGAGAAGACCAGGGUGUCCACGCCAGUCAAGAAGGCCCGCCAGGAAUGCGUCAGGUUCGUCUCCCGAGAGAUGGAGGAUCAGUACAUCGCCGAGGCAAACGAACCAGUCAGGAAAAAACCCGCCAAGAAAGAGAAGAAGAAGGAAAAGAAGAAGCGGGGACAGAAAACGGAUGACCCGCUGAAGAAGAUCAAGCUCACUGACGUGCAGUGGAACCUCAUGAUGGACUACUGGGAAAACCCAAUCUUCGUCAGGAGUCGCUAUGUGGGAAUAGUCAUGAGUCUGCUGGCCUUGGCUAUCUGUGUCUAUAGUUUGGCGACGACAACGUGGUCAACGUACGAUGUUCCUGCUCCGAUGAAUUUUACAGAAAAAUGGAACGGAUCGACAGAGAUGGGGCUGUGGCGUGUGUGUGGCCAGAAAAAUAAUACGGAAACGGGAGAGCUCGAGCCGUACUCGUGCUGGAGAGAAACAAGAUUCGGAUGGCAAAACGGUAUCAUAGGGCUUCUGUUGUUUUCUGCUGGAGUUGGAUUCCUGGCGACCAUAUUGUCAAUAUGCGGCCUAUGUGUUAACAACUUGCCCAAGAAACUUUAUUACUACCAUUCAGCGGGAGAGAUAUUCUUCGUCUGUGCCUUGAUAUGUACGACUGGUCUGGUGGCGUACCCAGUGUGCAUAGAAACAUUCAAAUUAAUCAAUCAUAAAUAUGGAUACGCCUACAUGAUAGGAUGGGGUGCAUCUGCGGGCUACUUUGCCGCGGCCUUGUGUAUGAUGCUGGACGAUCUGAUACAGACUAGUGCUACCGGGUGCUGUAAGAAAAAGAAACAGAGUCUACAGCAUGUAUAGCACAAUGUAGACCAGAGGAAGAAGAUGGUGAUUUAGAAGAGCGCAUACGAUUGGUUGAUCUUAUCUUGGGAUUUAUUGGUGCAAUAGAUAAGGCGUCUAUGGCAAGGUGAUUUUGGCUAAAGACUCUUGUUGCCUUGGUGAUAUGUUCUUCCUGUUUUCCUGCUCAUUUGUGUGUAUUUUAUUGUGAUGGGACAGAGGGGAUGGAAUGGGAAUUGUUCCAUAGCUGCAGAGGUGAUCGUGCGUGGAGUAGUCACUUAUGUUCGACCAGAGCUGAAGAAGCAACGUGGAGACUGCAAGGAUUGUCAACUUAACUUUACAUCUCUCUUCCAAAAGCCAGAGAUAGUAUGUUCCCAAGUGUUCCCUUGGUGGCGCGUGGCUUUCGAAUUCACUUUUUGGUGGCGAGAUCGAAUCUCCAUGAAUGGGACAAGCAGGAGAGAGGCGUGUUCAGUGAAGACAUUUGAAGGAGUUUGUUUCUUUAGAAUCUCUAUGCAUAAUCAGGCUUUCAUUAUUGGAACCAUACUGCUUUCAUUCAUCAUUCCUCUUCAAUAUUAAACCUUCCACGAGACAUGCGCAUGUCAGGAUGGCAUUUGCGGUUCUGGUGAUGGAGUCACAUUGAAUUUCUUCCUGUCCAUGCACAACCAAUUCAAACUAUUAUGAUUGUGUUUCGCAUGAUCAUCAUUGUUAAUACCACGUAUCCAUUUACCAGGGUGCUUUUCAUAAAUGAUUUUACACCGGCACACAAUAUAUGUAUCAAUUGUGGUUAUCACAGCCACCGUUAGGUGUUUCAUGCGCAAAAUAAAUGUUCCUCGCCUGGCAUUCCCAUUGUUCCGAUUUUUGAUGCCAACGACAUCUAGCGGUGGCAAUGAAAACUACAAACACUUUAGUAUUAACCAUUUUGGAUGUUAUGCGUGUACGUGUGUUCACUCUUGGCUCCAAUACUAUUCGACGACAAAAGUUUGCCAAGUUUCAAAAAGUUCUGUCGAUUGUUCUGCUUUUGGGCCGCAUUCUUUAGAAACUAUUUUUCUUUCAACUUUAUAGUGAGAUGUAGGCACGAUUACCUCGAAACGGACUUUUUCUAUUCGGUCAUCCGCACAAUGUAGAAAUGGAAUUAAAAACUGCCAUUUCUAACAUAGUAAAAAAAGGCAAAUGGCUUCCGUAGCACCUAUGCUAAACAUUGUUUGUGGUUGGGAGCCAAUUCCGUUCCUCUUAUUAUUUUCUCUCAAAGUAGACUGAUCCCUGUCCUCGUGGCGUGUAAGCUUAAUGCUGAUACUUCUAGGACAGGUAUUGGCCGAGGUAUAUUCGCAUCUCAUUGGUGCACAUGUGUUGACGAUCUCUGAUGGCUGACGGGCAGCAAAUCUUCAAAAUUUUGAAAAUGCUAAAAUGUAAUUGUCUGAAGACGUUGGCGCUAUAGUGUAUAAAACUCUCGUUAUGAAUAAUUUUCCUUCUCAAUUUUAAAAUUGAAGUCGGUCACAGUGCAGAAAACUUUUGAAAUUAUGGAUGUCUGUGACGUCACUUCCACAAAUCCUCCAAUAAUGGCGGGCGAUAUUGGUCUUGACUGUUAACAGUGAGUUUACGCAAUUCUCCCGAAACGCCAACGCGAACGCCUAUCUCAUUGUCCGACAUCGUAAUAAGGAGCUCGAACAACGGGAUAGGCGUUCGACUUGCCUCUGCGGGGGAUUUGCGAAAACUCCCUCAGCGUGAACCAAUCAGUAGGCUCAACGAAUUAGCUGUGAGCCGCUUUCCAAUGUUUUCAAAAUGUUGGUAGUAUUGGCACCAAAAGUGAACACAAUGACUGAAUUUAUACUUCUCUUGACGAAAUGUACAUUAUCACGAACUAUAUAUAUAUAAUUUCAAAAAGAGUGCAUAUAUCGCGUAUUUUUCUAAUCAGGGACUAUUCUAUUGUCGUCGUUUAAGUAAGCAUUUAAUUAAAGAACCGGUUGCACAAAAUAAAUGCGAAAGGUGGCAUUUUCUGUUUGCCACGCCCUUUCACCGGCAUGCCCUUCGAGUCAGGCGUGCUUCUCUCAGUACCGAGUUUCCGCAAAUCUCACGAAUAAAUUACGAAUUACGAACUAAUAUUUACAAAGGAACUCGCGUUCCAUUUUGCAGUCAGCUGUAUCUGGUUAAGUAUUAGAAGUUAAUGCUGUCGCCCAUUUCCUAUCUUAUUGAAAAACGGACGCUGCGACAAUUUAGACUUAUUCGUAACGACUAUAGGCCAGUUCAUCACCAGGAAUUCAAACCUCGCUGCGCUGUAAGAAGUUAUAGUGGAUUGAUGAAAGAACUUUGGAUCCCGAGUGACCCUUCCAAGGGUAACACACGUUGAUCAGGUUAGAAACCAAUGAUCUUGUGGUCUCUUUCUCGAAUAAAAUAGCUAUUCGUAAUUCUUAAUUUGUAAUUUGCAAUUCGUAAGAUUUGCGGAAACUCGCUAAUGUCAAUUGUUUCCCAUUAUGAUACGAUUACGAGUAUCAUUGAUGCCGGGAGAGAUCAAAACGGUUUCAAAGUGCGUUUCGUGUAAUCUACCAUCCUUUCAGUCAAGCCGCCGUUUGACCCGAACGGGUACUGAAACUAGUAUCUGCCUCUAUACCGUAAUCUUACAUUUUGCACACGCCGAUGGUGAUGUUUGAUCGGGGAGUUCAUCGGCUAAUUCUCAAAGUCGUUAAGCCCGCAGCACACUAGCCGCCAACUUUGGCGACAAGAAGCGUUCAGCUGACGCCUCUCGACGCCGAAGUUGGUGGCCAGUGGAUCCCGGUCAGAGCACACCUGCCCAGAAUCGGCGUCCAGUAGCGUCUUUUCCGCCACUUUAGGCUGCCAUUUUGAAAUCAUGUGACAUCAUGGCGCAUACUGAUUGGCCAUAGCCUCGCCGCCGACGCCAAUUCAGGCGGCAAUCCGUAGCACACCUGGCCUCUUCUUGCGUUCAAACGCGGCGACAAGCGUCACAAAUCAAACAUGUUAGAUAUUUGGCGUUAAGUUGUGGCAAGUGGCGGCAAGUCGCGUUCGCCGACGCCGUUCGUAGCAGACUAGGGAUUUUUCAGGCGUUCAGGACUCUUGCGGCAAAAAACGCCUGUGAACGCCGAAGUUGGCGGCUAGUGUGCUACAGGCUUUAGAGCUCUGCCUCAUCUGUCUAGCUCGUUUGAGAACAUAAAUCAAAGCGUAUGGAAGGGCCUACAGUCCAAAUCACAAUUAUCAUCCCUAAAUUCGCGUUAUUGGCUCGUCAUUGAGGCGCUACCCAGGGCGUAAGAUGCGCGUAAUUUACGCGAAACAUAGAGAGAUAAGCACGUUACUGGUGCGUCUCAGUUGCGCGUCACUGACGCGAAACAGGACGGAUGUCAAUUGUGAUUUCGACUAUAUUGUCUCUGAACAGUACAGUAUAGAUGAUUAGGCCUACACUAAAUGACAAUGUAAAUGCAGUUCAAAGUAGCUUUAACAAAGCGAAAAGUGACGCAAAAAAACGAAACUGGCGGUUCGACUAUAGCUUUUAACAAGUUUUAACGGGUUGUAGGUUUUCGAUGUAUCAAGUUGUUCCCACCGUCUUCCCUAAAAUUUUCACCACUACUUCUGUGUGUAUACUCUUUGUCAUUUACGCUGUUCAUUUUUUACGACGCUCGCGAUUUGGGCUUCAUAUAUAAUUUCAGCAUUUCUUAUGGAAAACCCUUUGUAGAUAUUGGUGUGACGUCAAAUGGACAAUAGCCACAUGUACAUAUCACAUUUCCCGGGGAUUUGCUUUGGCAUACUUUGGGCGCGUUAUAAAAGGCGCAAUCAGAGGCGAAGGGUCGCGCCUUCUUUGAGUGAUUAUAGUCUGCCCCAAAGUUACAGUCUUCAUUAUUAUGAUAAGCGUGUGUGGCCGGGAGCCGGGGUCAGCUAAAUCAUCGAUCGCUUUACUGUACGGAAUAUGGUCAAUCGAGCAUUCUGACCAGGGAAUUUCUCAUAUAAGAACAUGUAGACUAAGAAUUGACGUUCAUCACGAAAAAAUUCAAAGUCUGUCGUUACAAUUUCACUAUUCGUUUUUCCCUCACCUCCCGAACAAUUCAGGUAUUGCCCAAUAAACGGUCUGUGGUCUUUAAACAAGGCCCGCUCGCACCUAGACCGAAAUCCCCUUUGUUGUCUUAUCAAAGGGUUAUCAGAGGAAAUCUUGAUAACAUCGACUCCCACGAAACAGCCUUCAUGUCGAUCGAUAGGCCUAAACGGGCAAGCGCUAAUAAACUUACAUGUAAUUAUGUGGAUAUAUUUCAUGCAAUGUCAUGUUUUUCGCUGAUUGCAUGAUCGAUAUACGUUGUUUAUUCUUCAGCUGAUUUUAAGUGUUAGAUAUUCAUGUUUUUCAUCAAAGCUCCUCUUUUUUUCAUCAGUUUGUGAUAUAUUUGUAGUUUUUCUGAUAAUGUUAUGUUUAUUCAUAAACAAAACAUUAUGCUGUUCGCCCUCUUACGUGACGGUUAGACCCCGGACGCAGUGGAGCAUCUGCUGCGCCUCUCCCCCAGAGAGAUACCAUGUUUAUGAUGAUAGAGGCCUAGUGACGUAAACAAGAAUGUCUUGAGUGAAAUUCGAGCUUAAAGAGCUAAUUUAGCGAUCGCCUUUUGAGACAACCGAAGAGCGAAACUUGGAUUUGAUCAUCACCAUCAUCAUUAUCAAGGAAUGGUCGAAGGAUUUCUCCUGUUGACUAUUAUUGCAGAUAAAACUUUAGAGCAAUGUUCACAUCACAUUUUUGACGGGUGUGGUUUUAGGUGUAUGCGUCGUUGUUUGCGAAUUCAGAUAAUCUUCCCCUUUGGUGAUCAUGAAAUAAUUGCAACGAUUAACGUUAAUCAAUUAGCUCUUUAAGAGCGAAUUUCACUCUUUCUUUUUAGAGACUCUGCCGGGUAUACGUUUAGAGAAAUGUAACUCGACACGCCAUCCCUGUUGUAUGCUUACGAACCUAAUCCAGGGUUACAGCUCAAUAUUAAUUGUAUCGAUUAUUCACCUGAUUCGUUUCAAUUUGUUAAUUUACAUUAUAUGCGAUUUUAUUGAAUUUUAUGCAAAUUUCUUAUGAUUGAUUUGUUUACCUCAUGCAAAGAGUAUGUCUUCCUUAUGACACUACUGCCUUUAUGUAUAUUUCUACUCAAUAAAAAUAGAACUUUUAUCUCACCAGA